AUGAAUCCAUACAGGCAAACGCCAAAGUUUGUUGAACUGCUUACCAGUCAACAAAACAUUGUCUUUGGUUUGUCUGAAGAUAGUCUCGACCUAUCUUCAUCACAAGUCCCUCUUUUUGGCUCCCAACCGAGUGAAGAUUCCUACUUUGGCGACAACACUCCUGCAGAGCGUCGAGAAAGGAGGAAAUGGACGCCAGGAGAUAAUGUUCUGCUCAUCAGCUCGUGGCUUAAUACAAGCAAAGACCAUGUAGUCUCGAAUGAGCAAAAAUCUGGGGCUUUCUGGAAAAGGGUCGCACCAUACUUCACCGCAAGUCCUAAGGUGCAAGGCUGUGAAGUCAGAGAGGCGACCCACUGCAAGAACCGUUGGCAGAAGAUCAAUGAUCUAGUCAACAAGUUUUGUGGGGCUUACGAAGCUGCAAGUAGAGAGAGAUGUAGCGAUCAAUGA